AUGUCGACCGCGGAGGAGCUUAUGCGCGACUUCGAGGACUCUGAGGAAGAUUUCCAGCAGGACGAAGACCUCGAACCGGAGCAGGAAGAUGAGCAAGAAGCCCCCAAAGAAGGCGCCGAAGUGACCAACGAGUUCGACCGGUCAAUUACAACGGGCGAUGAACUCACCCGCCUACACAAAGUCCUUCGCGAUCACUACUCCAUCCGAUUCCCCGAACUUGAAACCCUCGUCACGAGCCCUAUCAAGUAUGCGAAAACCGUGGCUAUCCUCAGAAAUGGCCCUCUCGACGACAUCAAAGCCCUUUCGAACUCCGCAGACAACAUUGUGGGAGAGUCGCUCAAGGGAGUGCUAGAUGGGCCGUCUCUUAUGGUUGUGGCAGUUGAAGGAACGACCACCCGUGGCCGCGAGAUGACCGAUUCAGAAUUGAAGAUGGUCAUGGAUACAUGCGAGAAGAUCAUCACACUCGAUCGUGAACGUACAGCUCUCACGGAGAGUAUCCGGUCUCGUGUGCAUCAGAUUGCCCCCAACCUAGCGACGCUCAUUGGUGCUCACACUGCCGCCCAAUUUCUUAACCAAACCGGUGGAUUGCUGGACUUGGCGAAAAUUCCCGCGUGUAAUUUAGGCGCACAGGGAUCUAGGAGACAGGAUGGACUGGGAUUUGCUACGAAUCAUGGUGUUCGAUCACAAGGCUUCUUGUACGACUCACCACUCAUCCAGGAGGUUCCCAACGAUCUGAAAAAGCAAGCUAUCCGGAUCGUUUCCGCCAAAAUGGUCCUCGCAACCCGCGCCGAUGUAUCAAAGUAUGCGAAAGAUGGCUCCCUCGGCGAGGAAUUGAAAGAGCAGUGUUUCAAGCGACUGGAGAAACUGACUGAGCCUGCUCCUAAUGCUUCAACAAAGGCCCUUCCAGCUCCAGAUGACAAGCCAUCCAGAAAGCGUGGUGGACGACGUGCACGAAAGGCCAAGGAGGCUAUCGCCAUGACUGAAAUGCGCAAGGCCCAGAACCGAGUUGCGUUCGGCAAGGAGGAAUCAGAAGUUGGAUAUGGUACAGGUGAAGGCACUGUCGGUCUGGGUAUGCUGGGUCAACAGAACGAUGGCCGCAUUCGUGCCACGCAAAUCGACCAGCGCACCCGUGCCAAGCUCAGCAAGAACAACAAGGGCUGGGGUGGAUCAACUCCGGCCAGUGGCACCGCCUCCUCAUUGCGCGGCUUUGGUCAGGGCGGCAUGAACGGCACUGCUAGUGUUCUACAAUCCAAGGGCCUCCGCAGCUCCGGUGUUGGGACUUCCUUGGGUGGCGGCUCCGCUGGUACGGCUAGUACCAUUGCAUUUACUCCUGUACAAGGCCUCGAGCUCGUCGAUCCUAAGGUGCAAGCCGAACUCAGUCGCAAGCGCAAAGCUGAAGAGGACCGCUGGUUUAACUCCGGCACAUUUACCCAGGUUGGCGGUAGCCAAACCAGCACUCAACCGAAGGAGAAGGAUGGGUUCAAGGUUCCAGCUCUUCCACUCAAAAAGAAGGUGGACACCGGCGCGGGCAAGAUGGGCCCACCCGCUAAGCCAUAG